UUGGCACAUGUAACAUUGUAAACAAACUGUUGCUAUGGUUUCGUUGUCAAACUUUAUUGUUUUAUGUACCAACAAAUGUUUCUGUGAUGGCCACCGAUGUUUUAGCGAGAUCGCGGAGUAGAUCAAGGCAAUUUAAUACGCCAAAUACUGGGUUUUCAACCGAGAAUGAUGGUAGAACCAGUCGAAGAAGUCAAAUUGAUGUGGAAGCAUCUGAUAGAGACCAGUGGUGGAGGGUGACUUUAAAGGAUACACCAAACCCAGGAACAUACAAAGUUGUAAACUUCAUUGAAGAACUGAAUAAGAAAGUUAUUCCACAAUCCUACACAUUUAAAGAUCAAGGUAGAAAGAAAGAUGCAGAUCCAUCAAGAAAGGGAGUUAUGUUGAUGCCUGGACAGUAUAAAUAUCAAACAUUUGUGGAUGAUUUAAAAAAUAGGAGAUGUUAUGCAAGUUUCAAAGGUGUAAAAAGAUUCCAUGGACCUGGGGUGGCUGGAUUAGUUGAUAAAGACGUGUUCUCAAGUGAUGUUAGUCCUGCAAGUUAUGACAAGGGAUAUCAAAUUGAAGAAAAACAGGCUUCAAAAUCUUCAAUUUUCAAAUCAAAAGUUUCAAGAUUUCCAACUGUCUACUUUAAACCAAAAAGUGGUCCAGCUCCAGGGCAGUAUGGUACAUCAAAAGAUGCUUGCCUGCCAAAAACAAAUGGCAUGACAUCUUCUUUCAAAUCCAGGACACCACGUUUUCAAAAGGUCCAUUACUUGAACACACCUGGACCAGGAAGUUAUGCUAAGACAUACCAAACACCAAUGCCAGAAACGAUAAAGCGAAUGGGACAAAAUCAUGGACUUUUCUUCACUUGUGGAGAGGAUGGAAAAUAUUGAAACUAUGCUGGCAGAUCUCAAAAAGUUUAUCUGUUUAACUGGAAUACAAGCCAGAGUAUUGCCAGAAGUACUAUCAAAAAAAGAAGCUUCCAAAGGCAGCGCUAAAGUCGUAACGUUAUAUAUACAGAUCAACAACUACAACAAAAAUGUUUUUAAUAAAAUGAUAGACGUUUCCUAUUUCUAUAUUUGUACAGU